CCGGAGCUUUCCUUGUGCCUGCACAGAGGCCGGAAGCGGCGAGGGCGGGGCCGGCGCUGCGUGGAGGAGCCGGGAAGAUGCUGCUCGACUUGUCGGAGGAGCAUAAGGAGCACCUGGCCUUCCUCCCGCGAGUGGAUGCCGCAGUGGUGGCCGAGUUCGGGCGCAUCGCCGUGGAGUUCCUGAGACGCGGCGCCAACCCCAAGAUCUACGAAGGCGCCGCCCGAAAACUCAAUGUGAGUAGUGACACUAUCCAGCACGGUGUGGAAGGACUAACGUAUCUCCUCACUGAGAGCUCCAAGCUCAUGAUUUCCGAGCUGGAUUUCCAAGACUCUGUUUUUGUUCUGGGAUUCUCUGAAGAACUGAAUAAACUGCUACUUCAGCUUUACCUGGACAACAGAAAGGAGAUCAGAAGGAUUCUGAAUGAGUUAGCACCUUGCCUUCCCAGUUACCAUAGUCUUGAAUGGCGGCUAGAUGUACAGCUUGCAAGCAGAAGUCUCCGGCAACAAAUUAAACCAACAGUGACUGUAAAGCUGAACCUCGACCAGAAUGGCGACCACAGCACCCAUUUUUUGCAGACAGACCCAGCUACCCUGCUUCAUUUGGUUCAGCAGCUGGAGCAAGCACUGGAGGAAAUGAAAACAAACCACUGCAGGAGAGUAGUCCGCAGCAUCAAGUAGCUCCGUGGUUCAGUUGGAGAUGCAGGGAUUGCAAUCGAACAUAUGGAUUUCAUGGCCUUCCUUUUCCAGUUCAGGAUGUGGAAGUCUUGAUUAGAAGCUAAAGUACAGUUCCUUUCUGGUGCUAAACGCAGUCAGCUUCUUCACAAAUUGAAAUUCGUUUUAUAUUUUAAAUGUAUAAAUAGGAUGGACUCAACUAAAAAAAAAUCAGUACUGCUCAUGUCUUCUGUGUAUAAGGACUCUCCUGGAGUACUGUUUGUGUCUUCUGUAUAUACGUGAUUCUCCUGGAAUACUGUUUAUGUCUUCUAUAUAUAUGUGAUUCUCCUGGAGUACUGUUCGUGUCUUCUGUGAAAUUAUAUAUACAUGACUCUCCAGGCUUGGGUAUUUUUUGUCUAUUUUAUUUUCUUUUUCCUUGAUCAAAAUUUGAGAAUAAAAUUUACUGUUACUACUUA